AAUACCAUUUUUAGAGAAAUUAUAUACAAAAAAAUAGAAUCAACACUUUUAUAUCAAGCUUGAAAUUGCUAUUAUAGGUACAUCUACAAGCAAAAUUUCCAAUGGGUUGGUAAUCACAUCUUAUUUAAUGAGUUCGGUCCUUUUUGAAAAAUUUAUUAUAGAUAAAAUGAAACAAAGAUCAAAGGAAAUUAUUCUUUCGUCAAUUAAAUUAUGAGGCUUUGCUCUAUAUUCUGCUUGGAAUUCGUAAGGUUCUCACUAUACAAUCAUCCCGAAUUUGUGGUUGAAGCUUGAAAUUUUUAUUCUUCAUAUAACCCAAAAAUACUAGGUAUAAUUGAAUUUUCAAAAAAUGUAUUCGACUCAAAUCAGUUCCUAAUGUAGGAAAUAGAAAUGGAAAAAUUUUACAAUUCUUUCAAUAAGUUUUAAGUAUAUUUCGCCGCGGCUGAGAAUUUUUUGUAAAAAUACAAUAUGUAAAAAUUGUGAAAAGAAAACUUUUGUUAUAACAUACAUUUUGGGGAUAAUACAUUUUGCAUUCUUUGAAAUAUUUUCUUCUCUUCUCUCUAUUAUUUGGUGUAGGGGUAAAAGAUAAAAGUUGAAAUUGGCAUUUUGAAUUAGAGCAUUUGUAUGAAACAUUAUUUUUUUAAUUUUGGGAAGUGGUUAUUGGGUAAAUAUAUUGUAAAUCUGCUUAGUUUAAAUACAACACUUUUUGUAUUUUUUCAAAAUGGUUUUCGAAGUUUCCAUCAGUUGGUUAAGUUCAUUUUCUGCCGAAAUUGGCUAUGAGUCACUGACGGGGUUUUCUCCUGGGCUCUCCAUUUAUUUUUAUAGUAGUUCCAUAUAUCUUCAUUUCCAAAAAGUUUUAUUCAAUCUUUAGGUAAGAUACAUUUAAUUGGGAGCAUGAAUUUAUGAAAGAAUUUAAGUUUAUUCCUUUAUUGCUCGUUGAACUUUCCUUAUUUCAGAAUGACAUAAUGACAGUUUUAUUACACUAAAGUUAAUCCGAUUACUGUUUGCCAAUUCUAGGAAAGGUUGCCGCUCAAAGAGUCAUUUCUAGCAAUAUUUAUUUAGUUAGUUGUUAUUGAUUAUUUCAAAGAGCUCUUCUAACAUUAUAUAUCAAUUAGUUCAAAUCUAUAUUUCAAUACACAAUGCUUAUAUCCUAUUUUUUUCAGAACAUUAAACACUUUAUAUUCCCAAUUCGGUGAUGACUUUGACAAAUGCGAAUAAUUUAGUUCUAAUAAAUACGAAAUACCCACCCAUGUCAUAAAAUCUCUUUGAAUUCCAGGUAGGUACCUGAAAUAUCUUAGGUCAAAUAUAAAAAUAUUUCAGUGUCUGUAGUACCAGUGAGGUGUAUGUACGUUGUGUCAGUGUGCAGUGUAUUUGAGGAGAAUUCAUUUUUGAAACUUUGAAAUUUCUAAAAAUCAUGGAAGAUCAUCGAAGAACUGAAGCUCUUAGAGGUGCAGAUAGGCAAGAAUUUGAACGUUCCGAACCAUCAACGUCUCAACAGCAGCCAACGUCUCAACAGCAGCCAGAGUCCAUUACGCCUCGUAGACGUAGACGUAGACAAAGACGUUAUGCUCCUGAAGAAUCUGAAUAUCAUCAUCAUCUCAGUAUGAGGUUGAAUAAUUUAAGACGUUUUAGCAGACGUUCUGGAUUAGAUAGAAACCUCCUCCAAAUUCUUGUGAAAAAUGCCCAGAAAUCUGUAAGAAAAAUUUCCAUCAAUCAUUUCUAUUUACUUCUCAUUUCAUGGGUAGUUUUUUCUUCGAUAUAUUUUAUUUUUGAAUUAUUAUAUCAUGUUCACCACUCAUAUUUUGAAAUGCGUCUGUCGUUUGAAGCCCACUACACAUCAAAGACGCAGAUAUGGGGAACUUCCAAAAUGUGAAAAAAUAUAUUGUUCAACGAGUGGGGAAAGUCCAACUUUUCUCACGAGUGUGGAAGUUUGUGGCACGAGCCUGAAAAGCGAGUGCCCCAA